GUCACCCUAAAUUGAGAUCUAGAGUUUCGCUUGAAACAAAGAACAGUGGACUUAUGUCAGCCAAUUUAUGGAAUAAAAUACAUAAAAUUAACGAGUUCAAAUCUCAAUUAUCUAAAGCGCUUAAUGAUGUAGACAAAUUAAAAGAGCUAGCUAUGUGGGAAAAUGGCCAGAUUGAAAAUCAAAUCGAUGCAGAGGCACUUCGACGCUAUCGAAAGGCGAAGUCCAAGGAAGCUGAAGAACUUAAUAAGAAAAAAGAGCAUUUAAAAGCUGUACUGACGAACGAUGAAAACAAAGUUCUAAAAGAGUGUAAAACAGCAAGUGAGGAAAAAGCUGAGCGUUUGAAGUAUUUGAAAGCACAAGCUGAAUUGCUAGAAAAAAAAAAGAAAGAGACAGACGAAAAAAUUGCGCUUGAAAAGUAUGACCAGCGUCUUCGAGAAGAAUGUGCUGAAUUACGUCAGGAAUUAAGUAAACGUAGAGCUAAAGAAAUCGCCCGUGAUCUUUUAAUCCAAAUUGAAAUGAAACAGAAGCAAAAUCUUCUAGAGAAACGUCAAAAUGACUAUUUGGAUAAGCUCGUAUUAACUCACUCAAAGGAUAUGUCCAAUGAAGCUGAUGCGCAGAUGAUUGUAGAAGGAAAAAAGCGGACCGCAAAUGUUUUAAGGCAACAGAUAGAAAGAAAAGAGCAGGAGAAACUUGUAGAAAAAGCGGAGAAGCUGAAGCAAGCAAACGCUUUGGAAGAAUUAAAUAAGCAACUGAAGCAAGAAAAAGAAGAUGAGGUAACAAAAAAGAAACUAAGGUUCUCUAAGGUGAAAUUGGACUUGAACAAGUGUUUACAGGAAAAACUAUUGAGGAAAUCAGAAGAACGCAACCAAGAAGCUCAGUACGACAAUUUACUAACCCUUUUAAAUCAACAAGUAGAUAAAGAGAGGAGUGGAAAGCAGAGGGACAAGGUUACUUUAAAGAAAGAGGCGUUACAGUAUUUAGAGCAUGUUCGUAAUUCAAAAGAAGCCGAAAAGAUGUAUGAGGAAGAAAUUAGCAGAAGUAUUGACGAACAUAUUGCAAAGCAACAAAAUCUUGGUCACCAUAAGAAAAUGCAGCUUCUAGUAGCUAGAGAAAAUUUGAAAAAUGAUGUAAACGAAGUAUGUCGACAACAAAUAAUGGAAAAAAGAAAAAAGCAGGAUGAAGAAAAACUUGUACACAUAGAAGAAGUGAAACAACUGAACGAAGUUAUUGAACGAAUGAAGUUAGAUUCUAAGUAUGAGCUGCAGUUGCGACGCCAGAAUGUUGAGACAUAUCGUAACGCCUUAGAACGGCAAAUCGCUGACCAGCGAACUAGAUAUCAACAACUAAUAGCUGACAGUGCACGGGAGUUUGAGAAGAAUAAGAAAAUAGAGGAACAGCUUACCGAACUUGUUCAUAAUAUCGUUAAUUCAAAUGAAACUGACUACAACAGACAUCCAUGGCAAAAACUGUUAGCUACUGGUCACUGGUCUAUUCCAGUGUGGGAUGGUGAUCCUCAAAUAUCGAAAUUUGCAAGUGCAAGGUACUAA